GAUCUUCAAUACUGCUGAUGUCAUUACGCAGCUGACGUAACUUGACGUACGCCGCCUCCCUUGUUCCUUGUAUAUCCCUCCGCCCUCCGACGCAGUUGUCAAAAAACCCUGAUCUAGUUUGUAAACACUACCGACGGCAGGUUUUCUUGGAGAUUUUGAAGAUCUCCCAAACCUUGACAAUGAAGUUUAUGUACAAAGAAGAGCAUCCCUUCGAGAAGCGACGGUCCGAGGGGGAAAAAAUCAGAAAGAAGUACCCGGACAGAGUGCCUGUUAUUGUUGAAAAAGCUCCCAAAGCCAGAAUAGGAGAUCUGGACAAAAAGAAAUACCUCGUCCCGUCUGACCUCACAGUUGGGCAGUUCUACUUCCUUAUUCGAAAAAGGAUCCACUUGAGGGCUGAAGAUGCCCUGUUCUUCUUUGUCAACAAUGUCAUUCCUCCCACAUCAGCCACUAUGGGACUGCUCUACCAGGAGCAUCACGAAGAAGACUUUUUCCUUUACAUUGCCUACAGUGAUGAAAGCGUGUAUGGGGAUGUUUUGAAAGACGUGUAACCAAUUUGCUCCACAUUACCAGUCUUUAAAAUAAAAUGAUCAAUACGUUAGGCUACUUGAGGUGUACAUGUUGAAUGCACUUUCAUAUCCCCCUCCUAGUCUGUUUAUGAAAUCUUGUUUGUACUCCAUGCUGCCUGCAUUUUGUUCUUUUCGGUUUAAGAAUUUCCCCCUUCAGUCUUGCUUUACUAAGACAGACCUAGAAAAAUCUUAGCUUUGGUCCGUUUCAGUAAAUUUUAGUGGGUUUCAUAUCCAUAAAGGCUCUUUCAAUGUUUUACACUUCUCCUUUCACUUUUCCUCAUUUUUACUCCGCACCGCCAUGCAUCAUGCAGUUGUGCUACUGCAGUCUAUUUAGUUUUUUUUUAGCCACCCUAUUUGCACAGACCAAAAUCAUUUAUAAUACUGGACUAUCAUACCAUGUAAAGUGUGAAUGUGUGUUUGUGUACUGUUGCCAAUUAUUAUUUUAAAACAGGUUAAGAUUGCUGUUUAUUUGAAUAAACUGUUUAAAAGGUUUCAUUUCAGUUGAUGUAGGAGAUCGAAUGUUUAUUUGAUUUUUAUUAUUAUUAUUAUUAAGGUUCAUGAGUUGAUUGGCUUUUUUGCACAUUUGUAUUAUGGAUUGGUGUGUUUAUUUUUUUCGUUUUUUUUUCCUAAAAGCUUUAAUUGUAAUGGCCACAAAUCUUAAGCUUGUCACCAUUAUAAACCUGAUGUGAAACAAUAUUUGCUUAUGUGUGUCUUUGAUGGUCUUUAUUUUUUUCAUUUUUUAAAAUCGAGAGUAUCUGCUGUGUGUCUUUUUUGUUGUUGUUUAAGAGAUAAAAGCUUUUAUAUCAAA